AUGGUCCCAUAUAGCCGUGAAGUGAAAGCCACCACGACUAAAGUCGUCCUGGAACAGAAUCUCUAUACUCGCUCCGAAACUGAUUUGCCUGAUUUGCCAAAUAAGUCGAGCGAAACGGCCCAGGACGAGGUGGUUCGCGAGCUCGCUCACGACCUGCCUCGUUUCGGACCGGCUCGUCGACUCGCUGCUACGCCGCCUGUAAAGGGUGACGGCUGGGGUAGAGGAAAAUACGGCGAUUCAUUC